UCAAUAGCCACAGACCCAAAAUUCACGCCCCUUUAUUUAUAACGGUUUUCCUCUCCCCCUUGACAUUCCACCACCCAACUUUCCCGCUCUAUAAACAACACAACAAACAUUACUAUUACAAGACCAGAAGGAGAAGAACAAGAAGAAGAAGAAGGUCAUCGAUCCAAAGAAAGAAAUAAAGAAAGAAAGUGAUCACACAAUGACGAUGGAGACUCUGGCUGUAGCACCCACUCCAACACCAACGCCAACGCCAACGCCAACGCCAACGCCAACAACAGAAACAGUCAACAAUGACACAGCAAUCGCACUUGCCCAGCAAAAGAAGAACAGGAUUCAAGUGUCUAACACCAAGAAACCUCUCUUCUUUUAUGUCAAUCUCGCCAAGAGGUACAUGCAGCAGUAUAAUGAGGUCGAGCUUUCCGCCUUGGGCAUGGCAAUCACCACAGUUGUUACAAUCGCUGAGAUUUUGAAGAACAAUGGACUGGCCAUCGAGAAGAAGGUUUUGACAUCUACUGUUGGCAUGAAAGAUGAGAACAAAGGACGACAGAUUCAGAAGGCUAAGAUUGAGAUUGUGUUGGAGAAGUCGGAGAAAUUUGAUAGUCUGAUGAAUGCUGUUAGUUCAGCUCCAGAGGAGGAGGCAGCGAAAGAUAAUAAGGAUGAUGAGAAACAGUGAAGGAAAUUUGAUGCUCUCUUGUUGUAGUUCUGUAUCCACUUUUUUAUUUUCCAUCUACCUAAUAGUGGCAGGGACUUAUUUUUUCAUUAAGUAUUUUAUCAUGGAUAAUUUAGGAGUAGAGAGACAGUGGCAUAGUGGGACGUUGCAGUUAUAUAUAUGCCUCUCUCUUUGCUCUGAUUAUACACCUGUAGAGAUCAUAAAUGUUAUUAUACUGUUUCUUUGUUCA